AUGGACCUACGCAGGUUUGCGGCCGAGGACGAUGAAUCAUCCACGACCGCUGCUACUUCGCCGCCUCUCAGGCGGCGUGUAUCGAUGGAGGAAGACCUUCACUACCAGCGUGUUAUGACGAACCCGCGCCGACCCUCCCAGCCGCCUCCGUACCAGCAAGAGCGAGAUCCACCACCGACAACAACGAAAGUCUCCUCUCAUCAUGGGAAUCGUUUGGAGAAGGAAACCGAGCUCACAACUGACGGGGGCGGCCAAACUCAACUUCAUCCAGAUACAGGAAACGAAAGACUGCCUGACUACAAGAACUCAUUAUCGUUAGAGGGCGUCUUUGACAAGAAACACGAAAUCGAAAACUUGAUAAAGAGGGCGGAGGAUCGCCAAUGGUAUCCCGUAUACGUCUGUCUAAAUGGCACUGCGCUUAGCAUACAUGGGACCAAGAAGGCUUGGAGUUGGGGCAGGACACGCGAUGACGGACCAUCAGUCGACCCGGAUAACCCUCCAUGGGUAAAGAAGGGCAAGCUCGAGAAAACGUAUAGCCUUCUAUAUGCGGAUGUCGGUAUCGCUGCUGACUACAAGAAACGGCGAUAUACCAUCCGCAUUCGAGCAGAGACGGAUCAAUUUCUGUUGUGUUGUGUCGAGUUGAGUACGUUUAAUAAGUGGCUUGAAGGUCUGUUUGCAGCCAUCGACAUUGCUUUGCCUUUAGAAGACCGUGACUUCCCUCGCGACAUGUCUAUUCCCCGAAUACAACGUAUUCGCUGGUUUCACGGUCAGUCACCGACUGCAACAGCCGUAGAUCUGUCGGAACUGGGCAUCGAAGGGGGAUCCGAGGAGAUAUCGGCAACAAGCGAAGCUCGUCCGUCAGCCCCAUCUUUGCCUCUGGCUCCGGAAUCUCAAACGAGACUAGAACCUGAAAUCGAGGUAGAAGGAGAUGAAGAAGAUGUGGCAGAGCCUCCACCACGAAUUGAUCUCGCCCGUCGUCUCAGCACAACGUCAUACAACAACAUGGGCAUUGACCCUGUCGAUGGAAAAUGGAUACCAGAACAUCAGUGGUCGAGUGCCCAUGACUUGCUGUACGCCAAGCUAUGUUACAGCAAUCUACUUUUCAGAAGUCCCCGCAAAACACCAUACAUCAUCAGCAAGGGCAAAAAGUUUUAUGUUGAUUGGACGACAGGCCGAAUGGUCAGGGUCCUCCCGCCCGCCUAUGGUGAGAUCGACUACUUUGGUGCUUGGCAAACGGUUCAUACCGAAAACAGACUUAUCUAA